AUGUCUGUCGCUCAUCAGAACAUUUUCGACGUCCUCGGCAAUGACGAGGAGUAUCCCCCAACUCCCGCCGCGCCCGUGAAGACGGUCGAAAAGACAUCAACGCACACGACGAAGCGCAACACCGAUGGCCUGGCUCCUUCUAAGGCCCCUACCGCGACCGGCAACCGUCGGGGUGCCGCCGUAGGCGGCAACGAAGCUGCUUAUCGCGAUCGUAACGCCGGGCGCGAAUCGAACCGUGCCAAGCCCGCGAGACCCAACGACGAAGCCCCUCGUGGUGGACGCCGUGGUGGCUACCGUGGCCGCGGUGAAGGGCGUGUGGGCGGUGAUCGUCACCCCACCAGGAGUGCUCCUCACAGCAACUCCGAUAAGCAGGCUGCCCAAGGAUGGGGCGCCGAGGAGGGACAGGCCGAGCUCAAAGAUGAGCAGGCUGGCGAAGAGAUCGCCCAAACCGAGCAGAAAGAGGCCGAGGCGGCUGGCGAGGCUGUCGCGGAAGAGCCAGAGGAGAAGCACAUCACGCUUGACCAGUACCUGGCUCAACAAGCCGAGAAGAAGCUGGCCUUGGAAGCCGAGGCCGCAUUGAAGGUCCGCAAGCCCAACGAGGGCGUGAAGGACGACAAGUGGAAGGGCUUCGCUCCCCUCACCAAGAAGGAGGAGGAGGAGGAACUCUUCGCUGCCCGCGAGGGCAAGGCCAAGCGUGAGCGCGAGCGCAAGCAAAAGCAGCUCCUAGAUGUCGACAUUACUAGGUAUGCUGCUGAGCCCGAGCGCACCCGCGGCGGUCGCGGUGGUCGUGGCGGCGCCCGUGGCGACGCUGGCCGUGGCCGUGGCCGCGGUGCCCCUCGUGGCGCUCCUCGCGGUGCCCCUCGCGGUGACUUCCGCGGUGACUUUCGGGGUGGACGCGGUCGCGGUCAAGAGAACGCGCCGCUGAACCCCAACGACGAGGCGGCUUUCCCCAGCCUCGGUGGCAACUGA